AAACACACAAGUACUUAACAGUCUAUGACACAGACACACAUGAACAAGCACACGCUCAUAACAUAAUACAAUAAGGGCAUCUUAACUAUAUAUAUUUUAAAACACUAGAAAACAGGUGGCCGGGAAGUUCCCGUAAAAUGUGUGGAAGAACUGCGUGUACUCUUGCUCCUGACGAGGUGAGCCGAGCCUGCUCCUACAGAAACCGAGGAGGGCAGCGUAGACAGCCCCGCUGGAGGGAUGGAGAUACGGACAAAUACCAACCCUCUUACAACAAGAGCCCACAGUCUCUGAGUCCCGUCCUGCUUUCCCAGAGGCAUUUUGAUAAGAAUGCUCCGGUUGAUGAGUGUGUGUUGGCCUCCAUGCGUUGGGGCCUGGUACCUGCCUGGUUCAAGGAGAAUGACCCGAGCAAGAUGCAAUACAGCACCAACAACUGCCGCAGUGAGAAUAUAUUGGAGAAAAAAACAUACAAGGACCCUCUGAUAAAAGGGCAGCGCUGCGUGAUCCUGGCUGAUGGCUUUUAUGAGUGGAGGAGGAAGGAAAAAGACAAGCAGCCUUUCUUCAUAUACUUCCCUCAGGCUCAGGGAACCAGUCAUGAGAAAACCGAGGAUCACCCCACAAGCCCAGCUUGCAAUAAGGAGAAUUCAGAGACAGUGUGCCCUCCAGAGGAGGCCUCCCAUGACUUGACAGAGGGAGGAGAAGCACCAGGUGAGUGGACUGGAUGGAAGUUGCUGACUAUGGCUGGACUGUUUGACUGCUGGACACCUCCAGGUGGUGGAGAACCCCUUUACACAUACAGUGUAAUCACUGUUAAUGCUUCCCCAAGCCUGGAAAGCAUCCAUGAUAGGAUGCCAGCAAUCCUGGAUGGAGAGGAAGAAGUGAGAAGAUGGCUGGAUUUUGGAGAUGUGAAGUCUCUAGAUGCCUUGAAACUGCUCCAGUCUAAAAACACUUUGACUUUUCAUCCUGUCUCUCAGCUAGUAAACAACUCCCGCAACAACUCUCCAGAGUGCCUUCAGCCAGUUGAUCUCAAAAGCAAAAAGGAGCCCAAGCCCACAGCCAGCAGUAAGAUGAUGAUGAGCUGGCUGACAAGCAGCACACCUUCAAAGAGGAAGGAGCCCAACACAUGUGGGAGUAAAGAAGAGAGCGAAAGCAAAAAGGUUCAGUGCAGGUCUACAGGAGCACUUCACCAGUGGCUUCAGGGAGCUAAUAAGAAACCAAGAGCCAAAUGAAGAUUUGAACUGGGACUAAAAACUCUGCAGUUUUUAAAAGAGCAUUUAGGCAUUUUUAUUCCAUUACUAUUUUGACAGUUUUUGAAAAAUGUAUGCUUUUGCUUAGUAACUUUUAAAUGCAAUAAAAAAAUGCUACACAGAUACUUAUACUAUAUUUAAAAUUGUUAUCAAUAAAUGUCAGAAAUAAACACAGCAUGCUUUA